UUUAACACAAGAGAACAAGAGAUAGAGAGAGAGACCCUUGCAGACACACAGGGAGACAGACAGAACAGAGGCUCAGUCAGUGACAAACACAGCUCUCUCACUCUGAAGUGUCUGUGAGGGUUAGGUUUGGGUUAGUGUGUGUGCGUAGAGUGUUUUUCAACUAUUGUUCUGGAUGGAGCGAGAUGGAGUUGUGGAGCACACAGAGGCUCCAGAGACGCUCACAGAGGAGGACGUGUGUGUGAUCCAGGACACAUGGAGACCCGUCAGUGACAACAAAGAGAACGCUGGAGUCGCUGUACUCGUCAGGUUCUUUGGAAACUUCCCGUCGGCUAAGCAGUACUUCAGUCAGUUCCGUGACAUCCAGGAUCCAGAGGAGAUGCGUCAAAGCCCCCAGUUGAAGAAACACGCCCUGCGGGUGAUGAACGCCCUAAACAUGCUGGUGGAGAACCUCCGUGAUGGAGACAAAAUUAACAGCAUCUUCCAGCAGUUGGGCACAGCUCAUGCCGUCAGACACAAGGUGGACCCUGUUUACUUCAAAAUUCUGGCUGGCGUGAUUUUGGAAGUGUUGGUUGAAGCGUUCCCACAAUCCUUCGGUGCCAAGUCAGUGCAGGGGUCGUGGUCUAAGCUUAUGGGUGUCCUGUACUGGCAGAUGAACAGAGUGUACGCCGAAGUCGGCUGGGAGUCUAUCAAAAACAGCGCAAAGUGAGAGCGAAUGACAGCUAACAGACUCGUUUAACUGGAUAUAAACUCAGCAGGGUGACAGACAGAUGGACGUUCUGCUUCCCGUUCAGACCCCGCCCAUCUUUACUAGACCACAGCCAGGAAGUGAUCUAUGAAUUAUGAUCUAAUGACGCAUAAAUAUUCAACUCACACCAAAGAUUAAUCACAGAAAUGUCAUAUACUUUAAUUUAUAGAUAUAUUUGAAAGUUUAAAAGACAAUGCGAGUGCUUAGAAAAGGAGAAAUUACAUAGAUUCAUACUUUAUAAACAUAGAGACUCUAAUAUCUGGAUUUUAUCACUCCCAAACACCAACUGUUGAUCGCUGCAGAAAUCGCGAACUAACAGCGGUCCAUCUGUACAUCUCCCACACAAACCCUUAAAUAUUUACACAUACUCCAGAGACAUCAACGGUCAGCACACAAACACAACCACUAUCACGUACAAGAAUGUGCAUUUUCUUUUUUUAUCAAACAUUUCAGUUUUAUAAAUACAGUAAACACUGUAAGAGAUAUAUUGAGUGUGGUUAAAGGAUGAUUUUGAAAGAGACUGGAUGUUUUUGUAAUCGUACUAUGUGUAUCCUGUGAGCAUAACUAAUCAAAAUGAAUCACAGAGACUCGUCUGUGAUGAAAAAAUUGGAUAAAAGUUCACUUCUUUUUGUACCUCAUCAAAGCUUUUGUAACAGUAACAUAAUCAGUUAUUCAGAAAUAAACUCUAAAAUGUUCAA